CACCUGCCUCCUAUUAUUGCAGCAAAGCAGUACAGUGAGCGUGUCCUGACUGCACCUCAGGACAGAUGCCAGUUUUACAUUUCCAUAAAACAACCACUGCCUUGUCUUUCCACCACAUUGGUUAAAAUCAUCGCUUAUUGCGAUAGUUAAGUUAUCUUGCAAAGUUGCUCAUGAUGGACUCUAAGCGAGAUAAAGACCAAGAUGCAGACUGUGAGAAGAUAACGCCUGUGCUGCUCAAGUCGCGUACAGGAGAAUUUGAUUUGGAGUCAAUACUGUUUCUCAAACUGAGAGGUCUUGGAAUAAUUGAUCUUGGAUGCAUUGGAGAAUGUUUAAAUUUAGAGAAACUGGACCUCUCUGGAAAUAACAUAACAAAUGUAGCUCCUCUAGCAUCUCUCCGGCUUCUUUCUGUACUCUGUUUGUCUUCAAACAGGAUUUCCAAUUUAGAACCCCUGCGCAAUUGUGAAGGCUUACAGAACUUAAACUUGGCUGGUAAUAUCAUAUCCAGCAUUGAGAACCUACAAUGCCUUCAGCUGUUGAGAAAGCUAGAAAGUAUACGUCUUAAAGACAACACCUACAAUUACACUAACCCAGUGUGCAGGAACGCAGCAUAUAGAAACAUAGUUCUUGAGAUGUUCCCCCACAUCAAGGUGCUUGAUGGGGAAAGAGUGGUUGGGCGUGGCAGUGAACUGUACCAAUUAUGUAAAGACAUUGAUGAAACCAUCAAAGCUGGUUCAUACAAGAAUGGACAGCUUGUGGAACACACUGAUUGCAAACCAUGGGUAGAGGAUAAUUACUGGGAGUUAAAAAGAUCAAACAAUGCCAUUAUUGAAGAAGCCUACAAACAGUUCAACGAUGUACUUCAUGAAUGCAGACUCCUGAACAACAGAGCCUCUCACGUUAUUUCCCAAACUGAAAGAUCUAUGAGCCUGAAGAAGCAGCCAAAGCAGUAUGCGAUUUGAGUUGGACUAUAUGAACACAUUUACGUUUUUGUUGUAUGAUGCACCAUGGCUGUACUGUAGGCUUUUCAAAUUACUAAGCUUUAUCCAAAUGCUUGAUCAGUAUCAGACACAUGCUUUGUAUUUGCAUUGUGAGGCAUUUGUUGAAAUUCUAUCUCAUCCUAUGCAUUGAGUAUCAACGAUACACAUAAGUGGUUUGAAAACCUUUAUCUAUACUGACAACUCUCAGUUUGGUUCAAAGAUGUCUUUACUUGCACAGUGUGCAUUUUGUACCAUGUUGUAUCCUGCAUUUAUGCUAGGAGCUAUGCUGCUUAACAAUUUCUAUAAACUUCAUCCAUAUUGCAUUGCUGGAUAAUGUUGGGAGUUAAUGUGUCCCAUGCUGUUUGCUUUCCUUGUAAGUUGAACUUUUGCAAUAAGUGAUAGAAUGAUGUUUCAGCUGUUUCUAUUUGUUUUAUAACAUAACGUUUAUUAUGUGUACGAACAACUUCUGGAAAAAUACAAUGUUUUCAAACGUGUUC